AAGGUGACUGACUACAAGACAUGGUAGAAGCUGGUGUUCAGGAAUAUCAUCAAAGUUAUUACAAAACGACAGGUUAUUAAAUACGACAGGUUUCGAACUUGAGACAAAAGCUUAGCAGGUCUUACACAAUGUUCUUACGAAAAUCACCAUUCACUGGUGCAAAAUGGUUUGCCCAGUCAAUCAGCAGAAAACGAUUCCUUUCCUCUUCGCCAUCUGAUAAUGUCCGUAUUGGAUGCUUUUCUGGAUUUUGGGGUGACUCCUGUACUUUUGCUUCUCAACAGUUAGUAAAUAAAGGGAGCAUUGAUUUUCUUGUUGGUGAUUACCUUGCAGAAGUCACUAUGUCUAUUCUUGCUGCAAUGAAGAAAAAGAAGCCUGAGCUAGGCUUUUGUCCAGAUUUCUUUGAGCAUUUAGCUCCUAAUGGGCCAAAAAUUGUUGAAAAAAAGAUAAAGGUGGUGGUGAAUGCUGGUGGACUUAACCCUGAUGCCUGUGCUAAAAGGUUGGGCGGACUUUUGCAACAGUUUGGGUUGAAUUUAAAAGUUGCUUCAGUUGUUGGAGAUGACUUGAUCAAUCAAGGGAUCAAACUUCCUGAGAUUGAAGGUAUUCCUUACAAUACUAUGAAUUGUUAUUUAGGUGCAGAGCCCAUUGCCAAAGCUCUGGAUAAUGGUGCUGAUAUCGUAAUUACCGGUAGAUGUGUAGAUUCUGCUCUUGUUUUAGGGCCCCUGAUUCAUAGGUUUGGUUGGAACAUGAAUGAAUUUGACAAACUGGCCCAAGGUUCCCUUGCUGGUCACAUUGUUGAAUGUGGUGCUCAGUCUACUGGAGGAAAUUUCACUGAUUGGCACCAGGUACCAGAUUAUAGUAAUGUUGGAUUUCCUAUUGUUGAUGUACAGCCAGAUGGUGUGUUUAAAGUGACUAAACCUGUGAAAACCGGCGGUCUUGUCUCAUUUGGAACAGUUGCUGAACAAAUGCUUUAUGAAAUAGGAGACUCUCAGUGCUAUGCAUUACCUGAUGUAAAUUGUGACUUUGCAAAUGUUUCAAUAAAGGAAGUGGCAAAGAAUGAAGUAGAAGUCUCUGGUGCAGUGGGUAAACCUCCAUCUUCGACUUACAAAGUUAGUGCAACAUACAUAGAUGGAUACAAAGCUACAUCAAUGGCCCCAAUGAUUGGACCAAAUGCUGCCCAAAAGGGGCACCUAAAUUCAAUGAGUACCAUCGAGAGAUGUGAGAAAAUCUUUUCUAAAAUGGGCAUGGGCAGUUUUGAGGAAGUAAAUGUUGAAUGUCUUGGAAGUGGUUCAAACUACGGAAAAGAUAUCAAGUCAAGUAGUGCUAAAGAAGUUGUUGUUUGGACUAGCGUAAGGCAUAAAAACAAGGCAGCACUAGAAAUGUGGGCUAAAGAAAUUGCAGGAGCAAGUACAGGCAUGGCACCAGGUUUCACUACUCUUGUUGGAGGAAGACCUAAACCCACUCCUAUCCUCAGGUACAAGCCAUUUUUUUAUCCCAAGGACUUGGUGAACAUAACUGUAGAUAAUGCUGAAUUCACAAAUUCCAACACAGAAUUCAGUCCCGUUCAACCUCAGUCCCAGCCUGAGACAAUAAUUGAUGUAGUCAAUGAGGGGGAAUGUUCAUUCCGACUGGAAGAGUUGGCUUUCCUGAGAAGUGGUGACAAAGGUAACUCCGCAAAUCUUGGGAUCAUCUGCAGAAACAAAUCAUUAUACAAAGCAUUAGAUUCCAGGUUAACUUCAGCUGCUGUUAAAGAGUAUCUCAGUUUUCUGGGAGAAGAUCUGGUUGUGACAAAGUACAACUUACCUGGUACCGGAGCGUUCAACUUUGUCCUAGACAAUGCUCUUGGUGGCGGCGGUGUGGCCUCAUUAAAAACAGAUCCCCAAGGAAAAGCUAUCGGGCAAAUUUUUUCGGACUUUGUUAUUGAGGGGUUGAAAGAAAAGAGCUGUUAUUUGUCGUAAUUGUUGUACACUGCAGUCAUCCACAUGAUUUCUAUUGAUUAUUUAUGGUAAUAAUUUAAUUUCUAAUAUUAAUUUAUUGUUUUGAACCCUUUAAUUUAAGAAGAUGGAACAUUCAUUCCUAUUUCCUUAAAUACUGAUGACAUAUUAAAGUCACUGGUUACCUAAUUUUUACAGAUUAUGCAAAUGUUUUGUGUUUACAGAUUUUAUACAGAUUAUAAAUCAUGGUUUAUUGAUUUGAAAUUGUAACUUUC